ACCCAUCAACUGCAUAAGAGGCGCAAAGCUAGAAACCCUACGCAACCACAGGAUCGUUACUCGGGGUCUUAGCGUCGCCAUGGCAGAGGAGGUAGCGCCGGAGCUCGCCGAGGCGAACCCACCAGCCGCCGAGGACAUGGACCUCGUGCCCGAAGAGCCCGAUCCGAAAGAGGACCAGACCGCGCCCGACGGGGCCGAAGACGGCGAGUCCAACGCGAAGCGCCAGAGAGAAGAAGGGGAGGAAGGCGCGGAGGACGACGACGGCGUCGCGAAGAAGCAGAAGGUGGAGGAGAAGUCCGUCGAGGAGGAGCGUCUGGAGAAGGGUUCGGGUCUGGCCAAGGUCGGGCCCAAGGAGUUCGGGUCGUCCGUGGAGAUGUUCGACUACUUCUUCAAGUUCCUUCAUUUCUGGCCUGCCAACGUCAAUGUCAAUAAGUACGAGUACAUGACGUUGCUGGAGUUGAUUAAGAAGGGGCAUUUGGAGCCGGAUAAAAAAAUAGGUGUGGGGAUCAAGGCUUUUCAAGUCCGAUUUCAUCCUACAUUCAAAAGCAAGUGCUUCUUCCUCAUAAGGGAAGAUGACUCCGUGGAUGAUUUCAGCUUCAGGAAGUGCGUAGACCACAUAAUCCCGUUGCCAGAGGAAAUGAAAGCUAAGGAUGGCGUCAGCAGGGCGUUAGGUGGCGGCAAAGGACGUGGAGGGAGAGGAGGUGGUGGACGAGGCGGCCGCGGUCGUGGAAGGGGCGGGAAAGCAAAACAUUGAGGUUUAUGACCAUGUCGAUGUUUAACUUUUGCUGGUGUGGCUUGGAAA